AUGCUCCCCCUCCGCGCAGCCGCCCGCUCGUCGGCCCCGCGGCGCGCGGCGUCGUCGUCGUCGACCGCGGCUCUCCGCUGCUUCUACCAACAACAACAGCCGUUUGCCGGGCCGUCGCGCGCUGCCGCAGAGUACCUCUCCUGGCACGCACGGCCUGCGGCUGUCGCUGCUGUCCCCGCCGGCGCGCGUGGGCUGCACGCGUCGGCGCGUCUGCUCAAGGACAAGCGGUGGGUCAACUCGGCCAAGAACGGCGAGGACGAGGGCAAGGACGACGACAAGGAAGGGGCCGCCGUGGAGGAGGCCGAGGAGGUCGUUGAGGAGGUGGUAGAGGAUACCGCGGCAGAACCGGCCAAGGAGCGGACAGCGGAGGCCAGCAAGAAGGGCGAGGACGGCAAGGCCGAGGUCGUUGCCAAGUCGGACAAGAAGUCUACGUCGUCGGCUUCCGGACCCGGCGCUGCGUCGUCGUCUGCUGGCGUGCCGCCUGCGCCUGGCGCUCCCGGCGCCGCCAGCAGCGACGGCAAGGGCGGCAACGGCAAGGAGAUUGCAAAGCCCUCGGUCCCAGACGUGUACCCGCAGGUCCUCGCGCUGCCUAUCACGCGCCGUCCCUUGUUUCCGGGCUUUUACAAGGCCGUGACCAUCACCUCGCCGGCGGUCAUCAAGGCUGUCCGCGAGCUCAUCGCCCACGGCCAGCCGUACAUUGGCGCGUUCCUGCUCAAGGACUCGGACAGCGACAGCGACGUCAUCACCACCAUGGACCAGGUCCACCCCGUCGGCGUGUUUGCGCAGAUUACCAGCGUCUUUUCGUCGGCCGACGCAAGCCGCCAGCCCGACACCGAGGACGUCGAGCCCCGCCCAGAGACCCUCACGGCCGUCCUGUACCCGCACCGCCGCAUCCACAUUGACGAGCUCGUCGCGCCGCCCGCAGCUCCCCCUCCCCCCACCGCCGACGCCGUCGCCGAGGGCGAGACGUCGACCGCGACCGCGACUGACGCCGCCACGACGGCCGAGGGUGCCGACGCCAAGACCAAGGCAGAGGCUGAGGUGGCCAGCUUUGAGGCCGAGGUGCCGACUGUCGAGGAGACGCGCGACGCACUGACGGACGCCGCUACCGAAGGCGAGGCCGCCGAGCUUGACGCCGACGCCGCUGCCGCCGCCGCCGAGGACGCCGAGCAGCCGCCCAAGUCCCAGAUCGGCUUCCUCCACCCGCUCCUGCCCGAGAUUUCGCUCACCAACGUGAGCAACCUCGUGCUCGAGCCGCACAAGAAGGACUCGCAGGUGGUACGCGCGAUCAUGGGCGAGAUCCUGGCCGUCUUUAAGGAGAUUGCGCAGCUCCAGCCCAUCUUCCGCGAGCAGAUUGCGUCGUUUACAAUGAGCAACUCUGCCGCCAACGUGUUUGACGAGCCCGACAAGCUGGCCGAUUUCGCGGCUGCCGUGUCGACGGGCGACGUGCACGACCUGCAGGCUGUGCUCGAGUCGCUGAGCGUCGAGGACCGCCUGCAAAAGGCGCUGCUGAUCCUCAAGAAGGAGCUCAUCAACGCGCAGCUCCAGAGCAAGAUUUCGCGCGACGUCGAGAGCAAGAUCCAGAAGCGCCAGCGCGAAUACUACCUCAUGGAGCAGCUCAAGGGUAUCAAGAAGGAGCUCGGCAUGGAGAGCGACGGCAAGGACAAGCUCGUCGAGCGCUUCAAGGAAAAGGCCGCAAAGCUCGCCAUGCCCGAGGGCGUGAAAAAGGUCUUUGACGAAGAGCUCAACAAGCUCGUCCACCUCGAGCCUGCCGCCAGCGAGUUCAACGUGACCCGCAACUACCUCGACUGGCUCACCCAGAUCCCCUGGGGCGUGCACUCGCCUGAAAACUUCAACAUUGCGCACGCCACCCAGGUGCUCGACGAGGACCACUAUGGCCUCAAGGACGUCAAGGACCGUAUCCUCGAGUUCCUCGCUGUCGGCAAGCUCCGCGGUACCGUCGAGGGCAAGAUUAUCUGUCUCGCCGGCCCGCCCGGUGUGGGCAAGACGUCAAUCGGCAAGUCGAUUGCGCGUGCCCUGGGCCGCCAGUUCUUCCGUUUCUCGGUCGGCGGCCUCACGGACGUGGCAGAGAUCAAGGGCCACCGCAGGACGUACAUUGGUGCCAUGCCCGGCAAGCCGAUCCAGGCGCUGAAAAAGGUCGCGACGGAAAACCCGCUCAUCCUUAUUGACGAGGUCGACAAGAUUGGGCGCGGACACAACGGCGACCCGGCGUCGGCGCUGCUCGAGAUGCUCGACCCCGAGCAGAACACGUCGUUCCUCGACCACUACAUGGACGUGCCCGUCGACCUGUCGCGCGUGCUGUUUGUGUGCACUGCCAACGUCCUCGAGACCAUCCCGGCCCCGCUCCUGGACCGCAUGGAGGUGCUCGAGGUCAACGGCUACGUCUCGGCCGAGAAGAUGAACAUUGCCGAAAAGUACCUCUCCCCGCAGGCCAAGGAGGCGUCGGGCCUCAAGGACGUCGACAUUGACAUUUCGCCCGAGGCCAUUGAGAUGCUCAUCCGCUGGUACUGCCGCGAGUCGGGUGUGCGUAACCUCAAGAAGCACAUUGACAAGAUUUACCGCAAGGCGGCGUUCCGCAUCGUCAACGACCUGGGCGAGACGGCGCUGCCCGAGCCCAAGGCCGAGGAGGAAGAGGCCGCGCCCGAAGUCAAGGACCGCAGCGUCGAGACACAGGAGGCCGACGUCAAGCCCCAGUCGGAGCGUCUGCCCGGCGACCACGCCGGCAAGGAGCCCGACCGCGUGCACGUCACCACGCGCGUGCGCGAGCCCCUCACCAUCCCCGAGGGCAUCCACGUCCGCGUCACCCGCGACAACCUCAAGGACUAUGUCGGCCCACCCGUCUACCACAAGGACAGGCUGUACACCAAGGCCCCGCCCGCCGGUGUCUCGACGGGUCUCGGAUACCUCGGUAACGGGUCGGGCUCCGUCAUGCCCAUCGAGGUCACCAGCAUGCCCGGCAAGGGCGGCCUGCAGCUCACGGGAAAGCUCGGCGAGGUCAUCCGCGAGUCGGCGCAGAUCGCCCUGUCGUGGGUCAAAGCCAACGCCUUCCUCCUGGGCAUCACCAAAUCCGAGGCCGACCUGACCGUCAACGACCGCGACAUCCACCUGCACAUGCCCGAGGGCGGUAUCGGCAAAGAGGGCCCCUCGGCAGGCACCGCCAUCCUCACUGCCUUUGUGUCCCUGUUCACGCGCACCCGCGUCAACCCCGACGUGGCCAUGACCGGCGAGAUCUCGCUGCACGGCCAGGUCCUCCCCGUCGGCGGCCUCAAGGAGAAGAUCCUCGCCGCGCACCGCGCCGGAAUCAAGAAACUCGUCGUCCCAGCAGCGUGCAAGUCUGACAUUGAUGAAAACGUGCCCGAGUCGGUCAAGGCCGGGAUCGAGUUUGUCUUUGUCGACGACGUCCGCCAGGUCCUGCACGAGGUGUUCCGCGGGUCCGAGGCCGCAGAGCGCUGGCUCGAGACCCUGCCCGUCGAGGAGGAGCCCGAGCGCCAGAAGCAUUAG